ACGAUCAGCAUUAUAAAGAAUUUUUAGAAUUAUAUGGACAAAAAACAAAUGAGCAAUUUCAUCUAUCAUAUAGCAAAGUGUUAUUAAAUGAACAAAAUAAUAAUUCAAAUACUGGACUUUUUGUUAAUAAUUUUAUUUCUAUGUUAGUAGAAUGUGAUUUUUGUGAAAAAUAUCAAUGCUUAUAUUCUCAAACUUUAUUAAAUGAUCAAGAAAUAGAUUUACUUACAACUUACUUAGAAAAUACUUCAUAUAGUUGUAGCUCACCUAUUUUUUCUGAAGAACAUAUAUUAGCAAAUC